AUGAAAUCAGAGACUGUUUCACCUCCUGUUGGAUUUUCUCAAGGUGAAGAUUCAAGAUGUGGAGAGAACAAGUUGAAAGAAAAAGCAGAUACUGGUGAGGUUUCUGUAAAUGCAGAUUGUAAAGCUGGGGCUUUAUUAUUGCCAUCAAGGAAAAAUAAAACAAUUUUUAAGGAAGAAAAUGAAGAUGGUACAAAGGGCGAAGUUUGGACUGGGGGGUUUUCAUCAUCAACUAGACCAUACAUUUCUCAGACAAGGAAGAAUGGAGAGAAAUUACAUGUAAGGAAGACACUUCAAAGGAUGAAGUGUACCUCUGAUAAAAAUAAGAGUAAGUAUGGCCGUCCACCUUCAAAGAAGCCAACCGAUCGCAAGACUUCGUUUUGUACCCAGCAUGUGAUAAACUGUGGCUCCUCAGAUUUCACAGGUAAAUCAUUUGAUGAUCAUGAAGAAUUAUUAGCUGCUGCAAACUCUGCUUGUAAUGCUAGCAAGGUUUCCUGUUCUGGUCCAUUUUGGAAGAAAGUGGAAUACCUCUUUGCUUCUGUCAGCUUUCAGGAUGCAGAGUACUUGAAGCAGCGACUGAAUCGUGGAGAGGAGCUCCUUGAGAGUCUGUCUCAGAUUAUUGGUGACGAAUAUGAUGCUUUGGGUUUACUUAAGCACAAAAACGUGCCUCUUUAUUCUGGUGGAAGACAAGAAAACACCUCAACUCAAGAAUCAGUCAAAUCUGAUGUGUUAUUUGAUGGGUUUGACAUGGGAAGGAGGUUUGACAAAGUUCCUCCACUGUAUCAGAGAGUUUUCUCUGCUCUAAUUGAAGAAAAUGUUAGUGAAGAGUCAUAUAAUCAGAAUGAAGGCAGAAAUAAGUCCAUUCAGUGCACAAGUGAUGAUUCUCAUUGUGGUUCUUGUAACCUUAUUGAUGUUGAACUAAAAGAUAGGGACCGAACAGAAUCUGAGGUUGAGUCAGAAGUAGAUUUGCAGACUCAGAAGCAUUGUUUACUGGAUAGAUUUUCAUGUAAUAGGAGUGCUUCACCUAACACCAAUAGUAACCGAAGUGUAUCCAGUUCUUUAUGUUCCAAUGAACAAUGGCAAUCGGAUGAUUGCUUGUCAUAUCCGGAUGCAGGAGUUCUCCCUGGGAGUUGUCAGAAUGAUCUGGGUUUGCCAAAUUCUAUGCAAGUUGAUGGUUCUGCUAAUUCCUCAUCAGGCUGUGAAUACCAGAAGCUGUCCCUGGAUGACAGGUUACUGCUGGAGCUACAGAGCAUUGGCUUGUAUCCAGAGACAAUGCCUCAUCUAGUGGAAAGAGCAGAGAUUAAUCAAGAUAUUGUGGAACUUCAAGGGGGUCUGUACCAGCAGGUAGGAAAAGUGCAGAAAAAUUUAGGGAAAAUUGAGAAAGCUAUUCAACGUGGAACAGUUGUAGAACGACGGUAA